CCUAUGUAUCCUUUUUUUCAGGCCCAACUGUAUACAGUUAAAAAAGCUUUACCUGGCAGGCCUCAUGGGAGAAAAGCUGCCCUCCCCGAACCAGACUUGGUGCAUAGUCAAAGCACUGCGGUCCCUGAAGACGUUUUAGAAAACAGUUAUGACAGCCUACGUGUACUAAAUGUUGAAAGAAAUGGAAAUAUUAUUUAUACUUGUAAGGACAAUAAGGGAAAUGUUUUCUUUGGAUUGUAUGAUUACCAAACCAAACAAAAUGAGCAUCUCUAUACAUUUGAGAAAGACUUGCAAGUUAUCAGUUGCUCUGUCAACAGAGAGAGAACUUUGCUGGCUGCAAGUUUAGUUCAAGCUGCUAAAGAUGGAAGAAGAAAUGAGCUUCAGCCAGGAUCAAAGUGCUUAACUUUGUUGGUCGAAAUCCACCCCGUUAACAAUGUGAAAGUUCUAAAAGCAGUGGAUAGCUGUAUCUGGGUACAGUUUCUCUACCCACAUGUUGAAAGCCACCCUCUGCCAGAGAAUCAUCUGUUACUGAUUUCAGAAGAGAAAUAUAUUGAACAAUUUCAUGUCCAAGUUAUCCAAGAAGAUGGAAACAAAGUGGUGAUUAAAAAUUCUGGCCAUCUCCCAAGAGAGAGAGUAGCCGAAGAUUUUGUCUGGGCUCAGUGGGACAUGUCUGAGCAGAGACUGUACUACAUUGAUCUGAAGAAAUCAAGGAGCAUCUUAAAAUGCAUUCAGUUUUAUUCGAAUGAGCACUUUACCGUAAUGUUUGAAGCACCCUUGGACAUAUCAUUAAGUGACUCAGGAUUCAAACUUGUCAACUUUGGAUGUGAUGAUCUUCGAGACCAAGAGAAAUUGUCCAAACAUCUGACCUUGUAUGUUUUCACCAACCGUACAGGAAGUUUGUGUGUAUGUUACUGCCCGAACAUUGACUCUUGGGAGCGAAUCACAUAUUCAGUGUUUUACUUUCAUAAAGGACAUAGCAAGACCUUCACUGUUGCUCUUGGAAGUGUUGAUUCACGUGUUACAAAGGGCAUUACUUUUCUCAACCUUGACUAUUAUGUGGCUGUUUACUUACCUGGUCAUUUCUUUCAUCUACUUAACAUUCAGCACCCAGACCUGAUCUGCCACAGCCUAUUUCUGACAGGAAACAAUGAAGUGAUUGAUAUGCUACCUCACAGGCCUUUCCAGUCGCUGUCGGGGCCCCUGGUCCUGGAUGGGGGCUCUGGGAAGCUCUAUAGGGUGCUCCUCAACCAGUCAUAUUUAUUGGAGUUCCUGCGGGACACCCGGCUGGACUGUGAAAGGAUGGCCUUGCUGCACUGCGUGCUCUCGUGUGGCCGAGACCCACAGCGACUGGAGGCCAAGAUUAUUCAGUGGAUUUCUGAGAACAUCUCGGCCUGCCAUUCAUUUGACCUCAUUCAGGAAUUUUUAAUUGCUUCUUCAUAUUGGAGCAUCUAUCCAGAGACAAGUAACAUGGAUAAACUUUUGCCAUAUUCCUCACUGCUCACCUGGAAUACAGAAAUUCCUGGAAUAACCCUUGUGACAGAAGAGAUCCCAUUGCCUCUUAUGAAGGUGCAUAGCUUUAAGGGAUACUGGGAAAAACUGAACUCCAACCUGGAAUAUGCUAAGUACUCCAAGCCACACUUACACUAUAACAACGGCGUGGUCAGGAGAGAGUGGCACAGCCUGAUCUCAGAAGAGAAAACAGGAAAAAGAAGUUCCCUGGUGUAUGUGAGGAAUAUUCUUGAUAAUGCAAUAAAGGUGAUUUCUAACCUACAAGCAAAGACUUUGGCUGCAAGCACAGCCCAUGUGAACUGGAAGUCACUGCGUCACCCCGGGGGACCCAGGCUGUCCAAGUCCAGGCCUGAAGCCAGGGGUCCUGCCACCAGCACCAGGCAGGAGCCGUCGGGCAGGGGCGUGAACGUGUGUGCUUCAGGCUCACCCCGUCUGCGGGCAGGGGUUGGCAGUGUGGGGGAUGCUGCAGGUCUGGCCAAGGUUUCUGUGUGUCCACUGCUCCCGUCCGCCCUGUUAGAGCGCCUUCUGUCCCAGUGCUUCAGGCCUGUUUGCGUCCCGUUACUGGUCACGCUCUCUCCCGGCACUUCAGGGAACUCGCUCCUGCCUCUCACAUGCUCUGCUUGUGCUCGUUUCCUAGGAAGGAUGUCAUCACUGUCAGAAACAGAACGUUCCCUGUGAAAGUCAGGGCUCUAGUUUUCAGUGUUUCAUCUUAAUCAUGAACGUUGUGUGGGAAUCAGAUAGAAUUUAUCCCAAGGGGUCAAGAGGCAUCCAUGCCCUCCCACAGUGGGUCAUCGGCCCCUGACCAGGUGUUCUGGGAAAGGACAACAUGAAGGUGCUGUGAGGGGGGUGUCAGGGCAGAUCGUCCUGGAGACAGUGUCUGCCUGCCCCCCUCCCUCUGUCUUGCUGGUGCAUUGCACAUCACAGUGGAGACAGUGCCAUUUGAUUUAACCUCACAUGCCACUUGUCCAUCUUGAUCUAGUUACCUUUUCAGCCCACUCACUUGUGCUGGUAGUUCUUAUUUGCCACAGUCUUUGACUGGUCCCCUCGUUAGUAACGCCCAGGUCAGUAAGCCAUGAGUUGGGGUCAGGAAGAAGGGAGUCGUGAGAUCCUUCCACCAAGUCCCUGUCCCUGCGUUUAUGGCUCCCUUAGGGUUAAGAGAGGACCCAAGUCAUUCAGUCUUCUGUGAAGCAGAGGUUCUCAGUGGUGAGUCUUCUCACUGAAGAGAAAUCAAAGCCAGAGACUGUCGGUGUUGGGAACGUGUUCUAUGUCUCCUUUCUUUCUUUCCCAGUCUCUACCUCUCUCUGGUUCACAGAGCUCUCCACAUCUCUCCUGAGUGAUAAGUUCUAGCUUGUAGGAUCAGGUCACACUGUAUGAAAAAUUUUUAUCUCAUCAGGGAAAUAUUAUGUUUUCCCAAUGACUCAGAGAAGGGAAACCCAGGCUAGUGCCUUGUCCUUCUAGCGCAUUUCCUGAAAACCACCCUGCUUGACUGCUGUUCUGUUUAAUUUCAGAGCCACGGUUAACACCCCUCUUACAGGAGGAAGACAACCACCAGAGGCUGCUUAUGGG